AAACCUGUUCACACCAGGGUGAUGAGGUUCCACUAAGAGGAAAGAUCUCAGUGGUGUGACUUGAUCUGCCAGUGCUCAGAAACGUGUUUUGUGUCUGUGCCGUUGCAUUAGCACUGAGUUAGCACAUACUAGAUUCUGAACCUGCUUGUUGAACUUGCAGAAUGUUAGGAGGGAUGUUGUGAGCUCAGCACUAGUCUUGGGAAGAGAAGUUAAGUGGUCAUAAAACUGUUGUAGUAAAAUGGGCAAAACUGAACAUUGUAUUUGCAUCUGAUAGUAUUUUUUAUUUAAAUAUGCAGAUGUGCUCGAGGUACAUACCAUCAGCAAGCAGAGUCAUGAUGUUAGCCUGACUCAUGUUGUACCUUCUACUUUGCAAGAAUGAUCAGAGGAUGUCAAGGCUUGCUACGCUUUACGGACUCUGAAUGCCAGUGAAGUGUUGCAUGCUAUCAGAUUGUACAAGGACACUCACCCUUGUUUUACUCCAAUGAACUUACCUCAGUUUAAUACAAGUUUUUUGCCACUUACACUGGAGAGGGUGUGUAGACAUUUUAAAGUAUUCAAUACUGCUGAGAGAUCCCUACUGCUGUCACAGCAAAAUGUCACGUGUUGGAUAACACAUGCACUAUUUUUGAUGGGAUCUGCUACAACACAUGCACCUUGAAGCAGAAAAGGACCUUCCUUUUGGCAGUUGCCUGUGUUGGAAUAUAUACAAAUAUUAAAAAAGCAGAGUGUGAGCCUUAGGUCACCUUAGAAUACGCAGAUGUCAAAAUAGAUGUUAGUGGGACAGUAAGAGGCUAUAUGGUGACAGAAGAUCAAACAGUGUAUUUAUUAAUACAGUGUGUUUUCUUGGUGUUGGGAGGCAGUUGCUCAUGAAACACCCAACGGUCAUGCUUUCUGUAGCCAGACAGAGAAGCAAUGGAAUUGGCAGAGCAGAAGCAAAGGGUUAAUGUUGGUGAGCAAGCAUACAGAGCAACUGAGAAGUUUGGAAAAACAAAGAAAAGUUAGUUAUCAGUAUGCAUCAUAUAGUGGCAAAAGAAGAUGCUGUCAAACAACACAGAAUAACAUAUUUCCAAACCCAGCAAUUUAUCAGGACAGCAGAGUGCUUUUGCAUAAUAACAGUUCUUAAGAAAAACUUGCUUUUGAAUCUCUAAACAAAUAAAAAAUAGUGUUUGCUAUCAGAAUAUGGGGUUCAAGCUGUAGUUGUAGUGUUCUGAAGAAAAUACCAUUUUCAUUGUGAAAUGCAAAACAUUGUGCAAAAAGUGAUACAGCAUACACUUGUGUUUAAUUCAGAUUUAUAGAAUAGAAUAACUUCUGUUUUCUUUUUAAGGAAAGAAGGAUUGUCGAAGUGUGGAAGAUGUAAACAGGCCUUUUACUGCAAUGUGGAAUGUCAGUUUUCUACAUUUUUCAGAAGGAAGACUGGCCAAUGCACAAGCUAGAAUGUUCUGCUAUGUGCGCUUUUGGGCAGAACUGGAAUCCCUCGGAGACUGUGAGGUUAACAGCGAGGAUCCUUGCCAAACAGAAAACUCACCCUGAAAGAACACAGUCGGAGAAGCUGCUUGCUGUAAAAGAGUUUGAAUCACACCUUGACAAACUAGACAAUGAAAAGAGAGAGCUGAUUCAGAACGACAUUGCUGCUCUUCAUCACUUUUACUCAAAGCACUUGGAGUACCCUGACAAUGCUGACCUUGUAGUUCUCUUUGCACAAGUUAACUGUAAUGGCUUUACAAUUGAAGAUGAAGAACUCUCUCACUUGGGAUCAGCAAUAUUUCCUGAUGUUGCAUUGAUGAACCAUAGCUGCUGCCCAAAUGUUAUUGUAACUUACAAGGGGACCUUGGCUGAAGUCAGAGCCGUUAAAGAGAUUGAGCCUGGAGAAGAGGUUUUUACCAGCUAUAUUGACUUGUUGUAUCCCACAGAAGACAGAAAUGACCGGUUAAGAGACUCAUAUUUCUUUAAUUGUGAUUGCACGGAGUGCAUUACAAAAGAAAAGGAUAAAGAGAAACUGGAAAUCCGCAAGCUGAAUGAUCCUCCAUCAGCAGAGACGGUACGGGACAUGAUCAAAUAUGCCAGGAAUGUGAUUGAGGAAUUCAGGAGAGCCAAACACUACAAAUCUCCAAGUGAAUUGCUGGAGAUCUGUGAACUCAGCCUGGACAAAAUGGGUGCAGUGUUUGAAGACAGUAAUGUUUACAUGUUACAUAUGAUGUACCAAGCCAUGGGUGUCUGUCUCUAUGUGCAGGACUGGGAAGGUGCACUGCGUUAUGGGCAAAAAAUUAUCAGACCAUACAGUAAACAUUAUCCCUCCUAUUCACUGAAUGUUGCCUCCAUGUGGCUGAAAUUAGGGAGACUGUAUAUGGCACUGGAGAACAGAAUGGCUGGAGUUAAAGCUCUGAAGAGGGCAAUUGCCAUCAUGGAAGUAGCACAUGGGAAAGAUCAUCCAUACAUUUCAGAGAUCAAAAAGGAAUUAGAGGACCACUGAGCCUUUGAAUCUAUGCAAUCCUUCAAACCUUUAUUUAAAAAGCCUUGUUAUGGAAACCUUCAGGAGUGCUUUGAAAAGCGGUAGAGUAUGAACACAGUUCUGUCCUAUAAUUGGAAUGACAAACACACUUAGGCCUUGCAAAAUGUUCCUAGUUUCCACACAUCUACAGUUGCCUUUUUUCUUUCUUUUUUUUUAAGGAAAUGUUCAUGAUUUCUUAAAGGUUAUGCGUUUUGACAGCUCAUGUGCAAAAACGGUCAUUUUUUUCUUUAUGGAUUCCAAUGUGUAUCUUAUUUGUGUAAAGUAAAUAAAGUGGUUUUGACCCCUCUUUAUUCCACUGGUAUACCUCCAUGGGUGCUGUAGUUUUCUGACAUCUACUUUUGCCCAAGUUGUUUUAUUUAAUCUGACAAAUUAAUUAGCAAAAGCUGUACUUUUUCUUGUGGUGGUUUAAUAUCGAAUUCCUCUUUUCACAAAUAAUUUUGUUUGCAGUGGCUUAGCUGAGGGAAAGGGGGGUGAUGAAUUCAAUGCAUUGUGCAGGAAGGCUACCACUGUUCCCUCAGCCAGUGAAUCUCCUGGCUGAGGAGGGAUUCACUGCUGUAAGGACCUAGAGCUCAGCAUGCCUCAUACAGAGAACAUUGGCACCUACCACAGGGCUUGAAGGCUUGCACAAGAUGCGAACCAUGCAACUUCUGGCUUUUUAAUCCCCUUUACAAGUUGAAGUGAAUUUAUUGCAGAGGAGAGCUCAUAUUUCCUUAUAGCAAAACCUUUCCCUCCUGUGGAUUGAAACUAUUCUAUUAACAUGUUAGCAAUUGCUUUUAAUAGAGGAACAAGAAUGUUUUCCGAGGGAAAAAUCCAGUACUGGGCUUUCUCUGCCCCUAUAUAAUAAGACUAGAGGGUGUUUUUUUCUCCAUUUAGAUCAAUGGUAGGAGAUUGCUUUUAAGGAUGGGGAAGGAAGAGAAGAGAGUGUGGCUGUGUAAUUCCAGCACUGAAGUUAAAAUACAUUGCACAAUAAAACUGCAUGACCAUUCCUUACUGCUUCCACUGCUUAUAAAGUAGGAUGAGAGUGGAAAGAGGACACAUCAGCAUUAAGAACUUAAUCAUAUAUUUUUUUCUUGUAAGCACUGCUCUGGAAAUAAAACUGCUAGAGAACAAGGGUUUGUCAGCUCAUUUUGCUGAAAGCUUUCAUUGCUCUCUAACUGGCAGUUGUUGCUGGAAUACAUAAAACUGCACCAGAUCUCAAGAUUCCAGAAAGCCAGGGCCCCUUAACUACAGCCCAGCCUAGCAUGAAGGCACCAACUGACCUUAUCUUGUCAUUAAACUCUUGUCCAGGGAAACAGCACCUUCAUUUCAGACAAUCUGUCCAGAGCCCAGACUCUAUUUCAGCACUAAGGAGCAGGAUUAGCCUAGCCUGAGCAGUGAUAGGAACCUUGUUCAUGUGAACCUGGACUACUGUUUACACAACUGUGGCCCUGGCUCUACCUGUCAGUUUAACACAGGAAAUUAACACCAGCACAGUAGGUGUAAAUACAAAACAUGAAGCUGGUAGAGGAAAACACACAAGCAUAGUUUUCCUUGAAAAAAAAUGGUUUAUUGUAUACUGUGAAUAUGAAGGACAGCCUUACCAAAAAAAAACCUUAGUGACUGAAGACAUUCUCAUAUUUGCAAAAGCAUAUAAGAAACUAUUUACACAAAGGCAGUGAAAGGGGUAAAAAAUUAUUGCAGUCAAUUAAUGCUGAAUAGAAUUUUAUAAAAAGAGAAAGAAAAGAAACAGUGCAAAAAUACUGUCAAAAGUAAUCAGUUCUAUACACAAGAUAAAACUGACAAGCAUAAGCUUAUGUACUGAUAUGAAUAAUACAUUAGAAUAUAAAAUAGCAUGCAUAGAUUUUUUUUUUUUUUUUUGUAAAGGCUUUCAAUAG